AUGAGUGGCGGCAGCGGAUGGGAGAGGAUUAGGUCGACGAGAGGGGGAAGGUUGUCACGGGAAACGAGUUUGACAGGGCGGACGGCGAGGACGGUGAGGCUCGGCCGCGUACAGCCACAGGCGCCUGGUUACCGUACAAUUUACUGCAAUGAUCGCGAAGCCAAUCUCCCCGUCCGAUUCAAGGGGAACUCUAUAUCGACGACAAAGUACAACUUCUUGACCUUUCUACCCAAAGGGUUGUUUGAACAGUUCAGGCGGGUGGCUAACUGCUACUUUCUCUUUAUUUCUAUUCUCUCAAUGACACCUAUCAGUCCUGUUAAUCCAGUGACAAAUGUCGUCCCCCUUAGCUUGGUGCUUUUUGUUUCUCUGAUCAAGGAGGCAUUCGAGGACUGGAAACGCUUGCAGAAUGAUAUGGUGAUAAACAAUAAUCCUGUAGAUGUGCUGCAUGAUCAAGUAUGGGAAACUAUUCCUUGGAAGAAGUUGCAGGUUGGAGACAUUGUCAGGAUUAAGCAGGAUGGAUUCUUUCCUGCAGAUCUGCUUUUCCUAGCUAGUACAAAUGCAGAUGGUGUCUGUUAUAUCGAGACUUCGAACUUGGAUGGUGAAACAAACUUGAAGAUUAGAAAAGCUGUGGAAAGGACUUGGGAUUAUUUGAUCCCAGAGAAAGCUGUUGAAUUUAAAGGUGAAGUGCAAUGUGAGCAGCCAAACAACUCAUUGUACACUUUCACUGGCAAUCUUAUCAUCGAAAACCAAACGCUUCCUCUUUCUCCAAACCAACUUCUGUUGAGAGGUUGCAGUCUUAGAAAUACUGAGUACAUUGUUGCGGCUGUUAUCUUUACAGGACACGAAACAAAGGUAAUGAUGAAUUCCAUGAAUGUUCCAUCCAAAAGGAGUACAUUGGAGAGAAAACUUGACAAGCUUAUUCUUACUCUUUUCGGAACUCUCUUUGGUAUGUGCCUGGUUGGAGCCAUAGGAAGUGGGAUAUUCAUAAGUAGUGACUACUACUACCUUGAGCUUCAAAGAGGAGUAGGAUUGGAGUUUAACCCUAGCAGCCGUUUUUCGGUUGUCGUUCUAACAUUGUUUACACUACUCACUCUCUACUCAACAAUCAUUCCCAUCUCUUUAUAUGUCUCUAUUGAGAUGAUCAAGUUUAUUCAGUGUGCUCAAUUCAUCAACAAGGAUUUGCACAUGUAUCAUGUUGAAACCAACACCCCAGCAUUGGCUAGGACUUCGAAUUUGAAUGAGGAGCUUGGACAGGUGGAAUAUAUAUUUUCAGACAAGACUGGAACUUUAACGCGGAAUUUAAUGGAGUUCUUUAAGUGUUCGAUUGGAGGAGAGGUUUAUGGAACUGGUUUCACUGAGAUAGAGCGGGGUGGGGCACAAAGGAUUGGUGCUAAGCUUCAAGAAGCACAGAGAUCACCCCAUGCAGUGCAUGAGAAAGGGUUCAAUUUCGAUGAUUCUAGGAUAAUGCGAGGAGCUUGGAGGAAUGAGUCUAAUCCUGAUGUAUGCAAGGAAUUUUUCAGGUGCCUUGCUAUAUGCCAUACUGUACUUACUGAAGGUGACGAGUCCCCUGACAAGAUUACAUACCAAGCUGCAUCUCCUGAUGAGGCUGCUCUUGUCACUGCUGCAAAGAAUUUUGGUUUCUUCUUCUACAGGCGUACCCCUACUAUGAUAUACGUUCGUGAAUCUCAUGCAGAGAAGAUGGGGACUAUUACAGAUGUUCCUUAUGAGAUUUUGAAUGUUCUCGAGUUUAACAGCACAAGGAAGCGACAGUCCGUUGUUUGUAGGUACGCAGAUGGUAGACUUGUAUUGUACUGCAAGGGUGCCGACACUGUAAUUUAUGAGAGACUGGCUGCCGAGAGUGAUGAGCUUAAGAAGAUAACUCGGGAACACUUGGAGCAGUUUGGAUCUGCUGGGUUGCGUACUCUCUGCCUUGCCUAUAAGGAUUUACACCCAGAAACAUAUGAAAGCUGGAAUGAGAAGUUUAUCCAAGCUAAAUCUUCUCUUAGAGAUCGCGAGAAAAAGCUUGAUGAGGUGGCGGAACUUAUAGAAAAGGAUCUCAUCUUGAUUGGGGCCACAGCUAUAGAAGACAAGCUUCAAGAAGGGGUACCAACUUGUAUAGAGACUCUUGCUAGAGCUGGAAUUAAGAUUUGGGUCCUGACAGGUGACAAGAUGGAAACUGCAAUAAAUAUUGCUUACGCUUGCAACUUGAUUAACAAUGAUAUGAAACAGUUUAUCAUCAGUUCAGAAACUGAUGCGAUUCGAGAAGUAGAAGAAAAGGGUGACCAGGUAGAAAUUGCACGGUUUAUGAAGGAAGAAGUUAAAGGAGAGCUCAAAAGAUGUCUCGAGGAAGCGCAACACUCUUUGCGCACUGUAUCUGGACCCAAGUUGACACUUGUUAUUGAUGGAAAGUGUUUGAUGUAUGCAUUGGAUCCUAGCUUGCGUGUAAUGCUGCUGAAUCUGAGUCUGAACUGCAGUUCAGUGGUCUGUUGUCGAGUUUCCCCUCUGCAGAAAGCUCAGGUUACUAGCCUAGUCAAGAAAGGUGCGCGGAAGAUAACCCUUAGUAUUGGAGAUGGUGCUAAUGAUGUUAGCAUGAUUCAAGCUGCCCACAUUGGCGUUGGAAUAAGUGGGUUGGAGGGUAUGCAAGCAGUCAUGGCUAGUGACUUUGCAAUUGCCCAGUUUCGGUUUCUUACAGAUUUACUUUUGGUACAUGGACGGUUGUCUUACCUCAGGAUAUGCAAGGUGAUCACCUACUUUUUUUACAAGAAUCUUACAUUCACUCUGACGCAGUUUUGGUUCACAUUUCAUACCGGCUUCUCUGGUCAAAGGUUUUAUGAUGAUUGGUUCCAGUCAUUGUAUAAUGUCAUCUUUACCGCUCUGCCAGUGAUUAUUGUUGGCCUUUUUGACAAGGAUGUUAGUACGGCAUUGUCGAAGAAGUACCCUGAACUGUACAAGGAGGGGAUAAGAAACAUGUUCUUCAAAUGGCGAGUUGUGUGGACGUGGGCUUUUUUCUCCGUUUACCAAUCUCUGAUCUUCUAUCACUUUGUGACGAUCUCUGGUACUAGUGGUAAAAAUCUCUCGGGAAGGAUGUUUGGACUUUGGGAUGUUAGCACAAUGGCAUUCACUUGUGUUGUAAUCACUGUCAAUUUACGGCUUCUUCUGAUGUGCAAUUCAAUUACAAGAUGGCAUUACAUUAGCGUCGGUGGAAGUAUUCUGGCGUGGUUUGUCUUCAUUCUUAUCUAUUCACUGCUACGGGAGAAUGUUUACUUCGUCAUUUAUGUUCUGAUGGGCACAUUCUAUUUCUACCUUACAAUAAUUCUUGUGCCCAUUGUUGCUCUUCUUGGAGACUUCAUCUAUCAAGGGGUGGAGAGAUGGUUCUUCCCAUACGACUAUCAGAUAGUACAAGAGAUGCACCGAAAUGAUCCCGAAGACAACUCAAGGGCUGGGUUAUUGGAGAUUGGGAACCGCCUGACCCCACAGGAGGAAAGAAGCUAUGCGAUAGCUCAACUACCAAGAGAGCUAUCCAAACACACAGGCUUUGCCUUUGAUUCCCCAGGUUACGAGUCAUUUUUCGCUGCCCAGCUGGGUGUCCACGCCCCCCAGAAGGCGUGGGAUGUUGCCAGAAGAGCCAGCAUGCGGGGGAAGCCAAAGCCAUCGAAGAAGCACUGA